CCCGGGCACUUUUGCGCGCGGAGCGGCGGCCGGAGCGGCGGCCGGAGCGGCACCUGGCGUCGGGAGAGGACUUCUUGUUGAGAUUUGAGGAGAGAGGUGCCUUUCCAGAGAGGCCAGCUGGAGAAGACCAAGGUUCAAAGUUUGAUGCCUGAGUGGUCAUCACCCCAGGGAGGUCGAUGAUGGCUGCAGAGGUGCCAGCAGUGACCACUCCUCUCAGUCCUUUGGUGCAGGUGCCUCAAGAGGAAGAGGAACGGGCGGAGGUCACCACUGUGAUCCUGGAGGAUGACUCGUGGGUGCAAGAAGCGGUACUGCAGGAAGACGGCCCUGAGUCUGAGCCUUUUCCCCAGAGUGUUGGCAAGGGCGGCCCCCAGGAGGAGGUCGCAUCUGGGGGACCACAGGGUGCACUUGGCCGCCUGCGAGAACUCUGUCGACGCUGGCUGAGGCCGGAGGUGCACUCAAGGGAGCAGAUGUUGACCACGCUGCCCAGGGAAAUUCAGGCCUGGCUGCAGGAGCAUCGUCCCGAAGGCAGCGAGGAGGCAGUGGCCCUGGUGGAGGACUUGACCCAGACCCUGCGGGACAGUGAUUUUGAGAUCCAGAGUGAAAAUGAGGAGAACGCUAAUGAAGACAUGUUUGGGGAUGUCGAGUCACACAAGUUGCUGCGAGGGAGAGGCGGGCAGCAGUCUGACGGGGAGAGCGACACUGAGAGAGACUGCGGCUCUGGGGGACCCCGGGGGAACGGCCCAGGUGAGGAACGUGGGGCGCUGACAUCCCAGGGCGGGGGAGUUGGCCAGCUCAUCGGCCUUCAGGGCACCUACCUGGGUGAGAAGCCUUACGAGUGUCUCCAGUGUGGGAAAACCUUCAGCCGCAAGUCCCACCUCGUCACGCAUGAGCGGACGCACACCGGGGAGAAGCACUACAGGUGUGGGGAGUGUGGCAAGAGCUUCAGUGACGGCUCCAACUUCAGUCGGCACCAGACGACGCACACGGGCGAGAAGCCCUACAAGUGCAGGGACUGCGGCAAGAGCUUCAGCCGCAGCGCCAACCUCGUCACCCACCGGCGGAUCCACACGGGCGAGAGGCCGUUCCAGUGCGCCGAGUGCGGGAAGAGCUUCAGCCGCAGCCCCAACCUCAUCGCUCACCAGCGCACGCACACGGGCGAGAAGCCCUACGCGUGCCCCGAGUGCGGGAAGAGCUUCGGCAACCGCUCGAGCCUCAACACGCACCAGGGCAUCCACACCGGGGAGAAGCCGUACGAGUGCAAGGAGUGCGGCGAGAGCUUCAGCUACAACUCCAACCUCAUCAGACACCAGCGGGUCCACACCGGCGAGAGGCCGUACCAGUGCGGCGACUGCGGGCAGAGCUUCAGCCAGAGCUCGGCCCUCAUCACGCACCGCCGGACGCACACGGGCGAGAAGCCGUACCAGUGCGGCGAGUGUGGGAAGAGCUUCAGCCGCAGCUCCAACCUGGCCACGCACCGCAGGACCCACAUGGCGGAGAAGCCCUACAAGUGCGGGCUGUGCGGGAAGAGCUUCAGCCAGAGCUCCAGCCUCAUCGCGCACCAGGGCACGCACACGGGCGAGAAGCCCUACGAGUGCCUGACGUGCGGCGAGAGCUUCAGCUGGAGCUCCAACCUCCUGAAGCACCGGCGCACGCACACGGGCGAGAGGCCGCACCGGUGCCCCGACUGCGGGAAGAGCUUCGGCCAGCGCUCGCAGCUGGUGGUGCACCAGCGGACGCACACGGGCGAGAGGCCCUACAAGUGCCCCAUGUGCGGCAAGGGCUUCAGCCGGGCCUCCAUCCUCCUUAUGCACCAGAGAGCGCACCUGGGCGACAAGCCCUACAGGUGCCCCGAGUGUGGGAAAGGCUUCAGCUGGAACUCGGUUCUCAUCAUCCACCAGCGGACGCACACAGGCGAGAAGCCCUACAAGUGUCCCGAGUGUGGGAAAGGCUUCAGCAACAGCUCCAACUUCAUCACUCACCAGAGAACCCACCUGAAAGAGAAGCCUUAUUGACGUGCAACGAGGGCAAGGGAGGGAACUGAGCCCGGAUAGGAGAUGCCACACGUCCCUUGAAAGAGUCCCCCCAAAUGCUCUUUCGUAGUUUUUCUGAGAACCAUACCCUGGCAUCUGCAUUUCAAGGAUGUGCUGUCGUCUUGGUGGGAGUCAAGCCCCACGCGGUUCAAGAAGCUCUGGAAUAACAUUAGGUCUUUUUCCUGUUGCAUCUCAUGAUUCUGUUUGCAUCUCUCUCUCUCCUGAUUUUGCUGUGCCUCAGUUUCCCCUUUGGUAAAACAUGGAUAUGUGUCUCUAUGUGGAGUGGAAGGCAUUGUGGCCUGUGACCUGGGUGGGGCUGGGGGGGACUGAAUCCUCAGAAAAAUACUAGACAUCUGUUUGUUAGGCUAAGGUGCCUUUAUGCCAAGCUGCUAGCAUUCCAGGGCCACCUACCCAUGACAGACCUCACUUUUUCUGGCUUUAGUAUCUUGGGCUUUGAUUUCAGAUCAAGGUGAUGGGCCUUCUCCAGGUCUGAGUCACCAAGUGAAAGCAAAGCAGCUGUCUGUUGCAGAAGUGUCAGGACCACAGGGCACGAGGAAGUGUGCCCAGUGCCUCUUCCAUGAUAAGACUGACGGGGCCACUGGGACAGGUGUAAGCUGGGAGAUUCGCGUGUUUGCUGCAGUCUGCUUACUGUCCUGUGCUGUGUGGGCCGCCUGGGGAGCACACUUGUUCUCACGUGGAUUUGUGUUGGUGUGUGAGUCUGGGACCCCCGCUGCCUACCUGUGGUGGGGUGGUUCUGUCUCAGCGAGGGUGAGCAGGCCUUCAUGCUGUGUGAUCGUUUCUGAGUCACUCUGUGCACUUGUUUUUCUCUCUGCUCUUAUAUGUUCUAUUUUAUGUAUGCAGGUCUAGAAUUCUGUCCAGUAGCGUUUGUAUGUUAAGAGCAUUAUUUAAGAAAGUGUCAAUUUUGAGAACAUCAAAAUUCUUGGAGAGAGUUGGGCUUGAACUAGAUUCAUGUUUGAUUUUAGCUGUCCAGGGCUUUCUUCUUGGGGUCCUGAGUCUCGACACAGUGGCUACAGGGAAUGACAGCAGGUGAAAGGGCUUGUUAUGAGGGAGAAGGGGAGAACGGAAACAGGAUGUUUCUGGAAAAUGUGAAGCUGCCGCCUCCCACACGUGGGGACCUUUUUUCUUAGAUGGAUGCUGAAUAUAGUCCAAUAAAGCACUGUCCCAUUCUCUUCCUGAGUUGGUCUUUUUUUCCUUCUUUUUUUCUUAUUUUUUUUGUUUUGUUUGGUUUUUGAGUCUUGCUAUAUAUCCCAGCUGGCCUCAAACUCGUAAUCCUCCUGCCUCAGCCUCCUAAGUGCUGAGAUUAUAGGUGUGUGCUGCCACACCUGGCUCCUGACAUGUUCAAAACCUGGACUUGGGCUGGCGGAGUGGCUCAAGUCAGCCCAAGACACAGCAUUUUAUUACCGAAGAGACCGUCACCCCACUUCUGUCUGUGUUUUAUGUCCAUGCCUGUCCUGAGCUAAGCUCUACCUUUAGCUGAGUGUAGGUGACAGGAACACAGUAAUAUCUGCCAGCUGGUUCUUACAGAUACACAUAAACGCAAGAGGAGAUGGAGCCUGGAAAAUAGGCUUGGUCCUGUAUUCCUUUGGUAAGAAUUUUAACUUCCUUGCUCUCUCAAGUAUGCACACAUACAACUUUCACACAUGAAGACAUGUAUGAAAACCAGCCUGUAAUCCCAGCACUCAGGAGGCUGAGGCAGGAGGAUUGAGAGUUCAAGGCCAGUCUGAGCUAAUUAAUGAGACCCUGACUCAAAA